GCGCAGCGCCACGUCAGCAGAUCAGCACAAGUUGAACUCACAGCUGAGAAAUGUUUGAGGGAAUUUAAAAGGAAGUGAAAUAAACCUCAGGAGAAGAGCAUCAUGGUGAAGAUGGUGAAUUCAGAUGUUCAAGAGGAAGGUGACACAUACGAGGGGACGGAACCGGAACAUUCUGAUCCACACACGGAUGUCGCUAAGGAGCACCCUGCGGCGCCCCCUGGGAUGAUGUGGCGGGUCACCGGAGGUCUUUGUAGCAUCACCAAAGGUGUGGUCGGAGCCACAGUGGGUGGAGUCUCCUGGUUGGGUGGUAAAGGUCUGGAAAUCACCAAAUCGGCUGUCAACGCGGUCCCGUCGGUGGGCGUCGGCCUAGUGAAGGGCGGAGUUUCUGCAGUGGCAGGGGGCGUGUCCACAGUGGGGUCGACGGUAGCCAAUAAAGUUCCGUUCACGGCGAAGAGGAAGGACAAAUCUGAGUGAGAGUGUGACGUCAUGAUUACAGAAGUGCAGUUAUGUUCUGUUCUUGUGUUCAUGGCUGACACCGCUGGUCAGAUGUACAGGAACAUCCCAGACAUUUCUACAACGGGAAGUUUUGUAAUGUAUUUGAGUUUUUUCAGAACAUUAAUGCCAAAAUCCUAAAUGUUCCCGAUGAUGAUGAUGAAUGUUGGCUGCUGUUUUAUUUGCGGUUCAACCAAAGAGGCGUUUAAUAAUCCCAGAUGUUUAUUGUGUAAAUGUUCUCUGAAGCUGUUCAUAUAUCUCAUAUAUCUCAUGUGUCAGACUGUUUAUAAAGCACCAUUUUUAAUAUUGGAGUAUAAUAAAGACUUGUAA